AUGCUUCGUUUGCCUGGAAUAGAGGCACAUAACCUCCAAUGUAUCAGUCAGCGCUCUCUAUCUGUGAAUGGCAACAAUGACUCAUCUCGCCCAGGCGACGCUCGGGACAAUACGAGUGAAGUCCAAGACCUGUCUCAAGGCAAUGCGAGGCACGUCCUCUGUCGCCUGGAUGGAAUGCCCAAACUUCUCCCCGACGAGCGUUUUUGUGCCAUGGACUACAGCAUUCUUGCCGCUGUUCAACAACUACGAAGCUUCUGCGUCUUAUCAUACGAUGUCUGCUGCCCGGCCGUUUACGAGAAGAUCCUCCCGAAGUUCCACACUUAUGCUCACAAGCUUCAUACAUACUCCCGGUACGACCUCGCCUCUGCACCGAAUGGAGGCGUUGUUGAUGGCGAGGAAUGUGAGCGUGUAUGGAUGAGCAACCUUCCUGUAGAGAACCUGCAAGAGUUCCGUCAAGUCCAGGAUCAUACGAAGCGGUGUCGCUACAUCAAGGCGAAGCUGUAG